AUGACAGCACCACCAGCUGUCGCUGCUGCUCCUGCUUGGGUUCCUUACCUCUUUACGGUGCCCAAUGAAAUCCUGCUUGAAGUUACCGAUUACCUAGAUAAUCGGCAACUCUCCUGCUUCAUACAGGCAAGCAGGCAUCUCUGCAAGCCCCUGGAAAGGGUGCUGUACAAGCGUUCUGCGAAAAGCACGAACGCCGCCUUGGUCUGGGCAUUGGACCAGAUGCAUGUGGAAGUAGCCCGCAAAGCCUUGGAGCAUGGGGCCAAUCCGGACCACCAUGUCCAAGGGCGAGGCUACCCACUGCAGCGUGUCCUGGACAGCAAAGGGCAUUGGGAAAUUCUCAAUGCGCUCCUCGAGAAAGGAGCAAAUCCGAAUUUGUUCAGCUCGCCGGGCAACCCGCCGCUUUACUCCGCCGUGAUGUCAGGGCUCGAGAGAGAGACCAAUCUUUUGCUGGCAUAUGGCGCAGAUCCCAACUGUGAAUCUGCUGGUAGACCUGUCCUAUCGUUGACCUACCCCAUGUACCCAAUGGCCAAGUUCCUGCGGGUGCACAGGGCCCUCCUGAAGAAUGGAGCGGACCCCAACGGUCAGGAUAACGAUGGACUUACCGCCCUCCAUCGUGCUGCCAGCAACUCGAAGCUCGCCCCUUUUGUCCACCUGCUACUAGAGUACAAGGCAGAUGUUACAAUCCAGGCCAAGGACGGAACUACAUGCUUCGUGAAAGCCCUCAAGGCCAGGGAUCGGAGCUUGAUGAAGCGUUUCCUAAAGGCUGAUGCGAGCCUCAUCAAUGCUGCUGGCGCGAAGGGGACUACGCCGUUGCACUAUGCUGCAUCUAGGGGCAUGGACUCGGAAGUGGACUUCUUGAUCCAGAAGGAAGCCAACAUCAAUGCGGUGAACGAUUUCGGUGAGACGGCUGCCCACCAGGCUCUCAAGAUGAACAAGUUCGAGACCGCGAAGAAACUUGUCGUUGCGGGGAUCGAUCUGGACAUCCCGAAUAGGAGCCAUGAGACAGUCUUCCUGUUGUGCAUGAAACAACUGGUCAUCACCGAACGCCGGACCUAUCUGGACCUGAUACAAUUCAUGCUCGAGAAUAAUCAGGACCCCGAGACCUGUGCGGUCUUUCGGGGGGUCAGCCCUUGGGAUUAUGACCGGGGGCAGGCAGCUCGGAUCUUGGCCAGGAAAGGUCUCUCUGGAGCGCGAAUCUGUGAGCUCCUCCUGAGCAUGAAAUAUCCACGGCUAUGA